AUGCUGGCUCGUGUUCGCCCCAUCGUGUUCGCCGGUCCUUCGGGGGCUGGUAAGUCGACUCUCAUCAAGAAGCUCAUGACCGAAUUCCCCUCAGCAUUUGGGUUCUCGGUGUCGCACACAACCCGCAAGAUCAGACCCAGCGAAGUCGAUGGCGUAAACUACCACUUUGUGGAGCGCGAGGCGAUGGAGAAGGAGAUCGCCGAGGGCAAAUUCAUCGAGAACGCCGUGUACUCGGGCAACAUGUACGGCACCAGCAUCAAGGCCGUCCAGGACGUCGUCGACUCUGGCAAGGUGUGUCUGCUGGACAUCGACCUGCAGGGGGUGCUGCUGGUGAAGAAGACCGACCUCAACCCCUACUACGUCUUCAUCAGCCCGCCCUCCAUGGAGGAGCUCGAGCGGCGCCUUCGCGGCCGCGGCGACACCGAAGAGGACGCCAUGCAGCAGAGGCUGGAGACGGCGAAGAAGGAGAUGGCCUACAGAGACCAGGAGGGCUUAUGGGACUAUGUCCUCAUCAACGAAAGCCUGGAGGACGCCUACGCCAAGCUGCGCGCCUUCAUCACCGAGCGCUACCCCCUCUGA